AUGUCGAGACCUGAACAACUUGCACCUCCAGAAGUGUUCUACAAUGACUCAGAGUCGUUCAAGUAUACUGCCUCCACUCGUGUGCAGCAUAUUCAAGCUAAGAUGACCUUGAGAGCAUUAGAACUCUUAAACUUGGAAAAGGAAGCACCACACUUUAUACUAGACCUUGGAUGUGGUUCAGGAUUGUCUGGAGAAAUCUUGACUGAAGAAGGAUAUAACUGGCUUGGUAUGGAUAUUUCACCAAGUAUGUUGGCAACUGGAUUGGAUCGUGAUGUAGAAGGAGAUUUAUUCCUUAGUGAUAUGGGUAAUGGAGUUCAUUUCAGAGCUGGUACUUUCGAUGCAGCUAUUUCUAUCUCUGCCAUUCAAUGGUUAUGUAACGCUGAUACUGCCAAUGUUGAUCCUAAGAAGAGAAUGUUACGUUUCUUCAACUCUUUAUAUGCAUCAUUGAAAAGAGGAGGGAAAUUUGUUGCACAAUUUUACCCCAUGAACGAUGCUCAAACUGAAUCACUUUUAGGAGCUGCCAAAGUUGCCGGCUUUGGUGGUGGGUUGAUCAUCGAUGAUCCAGAAUCUAAGAGACAUAAGAAGUAUUACAUGGUUCUUACUGCUGGUCAAGCUGAAAGAAACAUUAAUUUGGCAGGUGCUGAAAUGGAUGCUCCAGAACAGGUUAAAAAGGUUAAUAAGAAACUUUCCAAGAAGUUUGAAUCAAAGAAGGAUUUCAUUGCUAGAAAGAAGGAAACCAUGAAGAGAAGAGGUAAGAAGGUUGCACAAGAUUCCAAAUUUACUGGUAGAAAGAGACGUGCUCGUUUCUAA